UCAUUUUUUGAACAUAAUUUUUUUAAAAAUUUUCAGUGGCAUCAGUGAAUGUUUGUUAUUAUGGUUACAAUUUUAAUAAUUCGGUAAUGUCGUGAUGUCGAUCAAAGAAACUGAAGAACAAAAUCGUCUGAGGUUUCAGAUUGAAUUAGAAUUUAUCCAGUGCUUAGCAAACCCCAAUUAUUUAAACUUUUUAGCUCAGAGGAAUUAUUUGAAAGAUAAGGCUUUUGUCAGCUAUCUAAAAUAUCUUCAAUAUUGGAAGAAGCCUGAAUAUGCUAAAUUUAUAAAGUAUCCUAUGUGCUUGCAUUUUCUGGAAUUGCUGCAAUAUGAACAUUUCAGAAGAGAAAUAAGCAGUACUCAAUGUGCCAAGUUUAUUGACGAUCAACAGAUUUUGCAUUGGCAGCAUUAUACAAGAAAACGUACCAGAUUCUUGCAACCCCAACAGCCUGAAGUAACCACAGCUGCAGCAGCAGCCGUUACAACCUCUACGACCGUUGCAGCAACUCCUGCUGUCAGUGUACAACAACCACCUCAGAAAUCAACAUGAACUUUUAAAUGUGUGUUUGUAGUAAUUUUAAUGUUGUAUGUGUUGCAUGAAAAUUUUACUUAAAUAAACUUUUUUUUUCUUCUU